AUCAGAACGUGCAGUCUCAAAACCAGGGGAAAGUAUAUAAGGAGCGGAAUCGAGCACAGUUGCUUCAUUCAGCAUCGGAGGAGUUUGUUUGUGUGCAUACUUUCAACGUCAUCGCCAUGUCUGGACGCGGCAAGCAAGGAGGGAAAGCUCGGGCCAAGGCCAAGACUCGCUCUUCUCGUGCCGGGCUGCAGUUCCCCGUGGGUCGUGUGCACCGUCUUCUGCGCAAAGGGAACUACGCAGAGCGCGUCGGAGCCGGAGCGCCCGUCUACUUGGCUGCUGUGCUGGAGUACCUGACUGCUGAGAUCCUGGAGUUGGCCGGCAACGCUGCCCGGGACAACAAGAAGACCAGGAUCAUCCCUCGCCACUUGCAACUCGCCAUCCGCAACGACGAGGAGCUGAACAAACUCCUGGGCAGAGUCACUAUCGCUCAGGGAGGCGUCCUUCCCAACAUCCAGGCUGUGCUGUUGCCCAAGAAGACCGAGAGCCACAAGGCCAAAGGAAAAUAAAGCAGUAAGGAGGCAGUAAGACAGUUUCUAAAAAGUAAAAAAGCCCAACCAACCCAAAGGCUCUUUUAAGAGCCACCUACAACUUCAUAAAAAGAGCUGAUUUUUCUCUUAUGAGUUGACUACUUGUGAAAUGUAAAAACCCUUGCGAAGCCUUGAGGAAGAGUUAGUAGUUUAUAAAAUUAUGGUCCUCCCGUUCGCGAGUCUUGCUUAGAUGGGUUUUACGGCCGCUAUAGCUGGCUGCGGUAUCUUCCCCGAACAAUACAUUAAAUGUAGUUCAUUGAGAUUGGCGGGUGUGAAUUUUUUUUAAAAUACACCAGUAACACAAAGAGCUGUACUUUGGGGAGCAAUGUUUCCAGUAAGAAGGCAGGUUGAAUACACUGUUACGGAAAGGGAGCUUUGUACAUUACUGUAACAAAUAAACUCCACAACUGAUACCCAAGUAACACUUGAAUCUGAUUCAAGUUUUCAGUUCGGCACAAAAGUUCUGAUGUUAUAAUGUAUCAGAAUCUUUUCCUCGCUUCCAGGAGUACAGUAGAAAGAAAAGGGAGCCGAAGCGGCAGGGACUUAAUUGGCUAGUAUUUUAGCGCGGGAAAUUUGAAAACAGUUUGGACCAAUCGUAAAACGCGCGGGACUUUUGAAAAAAGAAUUUGGACCAAUCACAUCCAAUUACGGAAGUUUCCGUCAAAGAAAUGAGGCAACUGUAACCAGGAAAUUCGUCUUUCUCCCCCCUCCCUUUUCAGGGAGCACCAUAAAGGCUAAUAAAGAGAUUUUGGGAUAA